UUUCCUCCCACACUACUUGCUUAAAAAAAAAACGUGAUUGACACGAGCAAAACAACCAAUCAGAGGCAGUCUCGAUGUGGACGCGUGCCAAAGUGACAUGUUUAUGUACGAGUCGGACCAAUGGGAGCUUAGAUGAGGGGGCGUGGCAUUGGUUUGGAGGAAAGAGGCAAAACAAUCUUUUUAUCCUCCUAACCGGGCGGCUUUUUGGAUAUCCUGGGCUGCGGCGGUGACGGCAGCGGUGGAAAAAACUUCACAUGUAGACUAGAAUAGAAGUUAGGACUCAAAUAGCUCCUAUCAAACUGCGACAAUCCCGAUAAAUGUAUCUAAUUCCCGCGAUUUGCACUAAAACCCUACAGAAAGCCGACAUUCUUCCUUUAGUCUCCACUCUCCUUGACUAAAUAUGGAGUCCAAAUGCAUUUUGGAAAAGUCGGCGGUCGGGACAAGCGUCGGCGGUGUCGUGGACUUCAACUACCGGCCGGGUCGCUACAACAGCCGGGUCCCAGCGGUGGCAAAAAGCAGCUUCACACCGGGGCCCAUCUUUUACAAAUGCGUAACGGACGGAGGCUCGACGGCAGCGGUUAAAAACGAGCGAACUUCGUCCGUCGGUAGCGGGCACUCACCGGGCGUUGGAAUAUUACAAAACGUGGAAAAAACAGCCGUCAGAGACCAAAAAGACAUUGGUUCCACUGGGAUCCUGAAGAGGGCCAGUCCUACCCUCUGCUUUGGCAUGGGCAGGCAGUUGCCAGGCAGCUCCAUAAGUUUGGACAUCAGAAACCCAGGAAAACAGGCAGAGCUGGCCAACAGCUACAGGCCAGCACAGGGGCAGAGUGUCCCACAGGCGGAGAUACAACCCCUUCCCUCCUCCCACAUCCCAGUCCCCAGAAACAGAGAAAUGUGCACCAGAUGUAAAAGCUGUGGUGACUGUGAGAGAUCAUGGUUGUUCUGGGAAGCAGAGGAAGGAAAGUGCUCAAUGUCAGGAAAUCAGGCUGGGGAUGGAAGGAAUCCUUCAGGUCACGCCGAUAAGGAGGUGAUGGCUGCCACCGUCUUGACCUCACUGUCCACAUCCCCCUUGGUGCUCUAUCCUUCCUCUGUGCCCACAGAACCAGCCAGCAAAACAUGGAAAGAGGUGCUUUCUGCAAGUUACAGCAGCUCGACGAGCGGCAACUGGAGCUGGGAUGCCAGUGACCAAUCAGUGCCCUCCACACCGUCCCCACCACUUUCCAAAGAUGCCAACAUGGGCUUCCUGCACUCGGCCCAAGGAGAUGAUGCCAGCGAGGAUGUUUCAGAGAGCACGCAUUUUAUGUUUGAGGACCCCAUCCCUCGAAAGCGAAAGAACUCCAUGAAGGUGAUGUUUAAGUGCUUGUGGAAGAACUGUGAAAAGGUCCUCAGCACCUCCUCAGGGAUCCAGCGACAUAUCCGCACCGUCCACCUGGGGCGAAACAGCGACUCAGAUUACAGCGAUGGAGAGGAGGAUUUUUAUUACUCAGAGAUUGAAGUCAACAUGGACAGCCUGACGGAGGGCUUGUCCAGCCUCACACCUACCUCCCCCACCACGGCUGGCCCUCCGCCCAUCUUCCCCCCGCCGCUGAGCGACGUGUCCUGCUCUGAGUACGUCGGCGUGAACGGUUCACAGAGCCACACCUCGUCGCUGCUCAGUCAGUCGGCUCCUUCCACACUCUGCCACAUCCGCACUGACCAUGCCUACCAGGCCACCGCUCCAGUGAGUAUCCCAGUGGGUCCUGAGCUGGCUGGGAUAGGCAGUGGUAAUGGGAUCGGGCCUGGAACUGGAACAGGGACUGGGAAUGGCAUCAGUGUGUCUUGGCAGCAGCCCCCUCCUGUCAUUUUUAAAGGCGCCCUGGGCCCUGUGACACAUGUUCGCACUGUUAGCAUUGGUGAAAAGCGGCAGCCGGCGGUCAGCACGCACGCCACCGUUAACAAGAACCAUGCUUUAGUUACGCCAACAACUAAAUCAGCACCAGGAACCAGGAAACCCCGUGGGGAAGCUAAGAAGUGCCGAAAGGUAUACGGCAUGGAGAAGAGAGACAUGUGGUGCACAGCCUGUCGAUGGAAAAAAGCCUGUCAGAGAUUCACCGACUAAUCCAGUUGCCUUCCCCUGCUUGUGGGAGACGAGCUCCUCCUCGCUCGGAGUGACAGCGAGGUUGACAUUUUUUUUUCCACGAAGAGAUGAGGGCAAGGUUCUCAAUGCUGCUUCCUCUGGGCCAGCAGGAGGAAAAGGGUUGCCUUGUCUCUUUUCAGUUUCCAAACACAAUGAGAAUAUCAAAACGCAACACAAAGAGAAACGAAUAACUUUAUCCAGAUCCGGAGACUUUUUCUAAGACUGAGACAUUUUCACUCGCAGUUAAAUAAGGAAAACAAAACAAAUUGGAUGCUGAACAGAUUCUUUUAUUUCCCACUUGCUUCAAAUCAAAGCGAUGUUUGAAGAGUACAGAUAAGCUUUUUGUUAUACCCUGUUCAUUGUAAGAGCACUAUGUAAGCUACUUUUUGUUUGGUGGGUCGUGGCUCUUUUCCGAGGUUAAACGGUUAAACUCACAUGUGCUCAGUGAAAUCACUGUUGCAGAUCAGUUUCUCACGGCCACCUUUUGGGGGUCUUCAUCAAAUCUGCCAAAUUCUCAACUUACAGUCAUAAGUUUUAGGUUAAGACGUAACAACACUGUGUUCUGCCUUUUUACUGGAAAUAUAGACUGCAAAUCUGAAUACAUAUAAUUUUAGGAUCAAACAACUUCGUUACUCCAAUCAAGUACAACUUUUUACACCUGCAAAACUGCACUAAAUCAUUCACAAGUGGUACAAAACGUUCUCAUUUGAUGUCCCAAAAUAUUUUAGAAAAAUGCACAGUUUAUAAAGUAUAAAUAUAUAUAUAUAUGUGUAUAUAUAUAUGCCCAUAUCUUGUUAUGCACCCUUCAGAGAUGAGUUGUCUUCUAAAGUAGCACUGUAACCCGAGUUUGCCUGAGAGAGUUGAUAUCUAUUUCCUGCAUAGUUUAUUUUCAGCAGUAAGCUGCUGAACCAACUUGCAUUGUGCAAUCAGAGGAACGACAGCAUUUAAUAAUUUUUCUUUCUCUGUGGUUAUCAGUCACAAUUGAAGCAAAAAGGCUAUUUUUUUUAACAGCUGAUGUUCUUAAAGAGACUGUUUACCAUGCUGUGUGAACUGUAACCACCAUUUGACAUUUUGAACUUGAUAGUAUGACUGAUGACGAUAAUUGUGGAUGCAGGGAGAACACAUAGAGACUGCAUUCUCACAAUCUUAACUUUAACAAAUCUAUCUUCCACAGUUUUCUAAGAUACAUUGCCUUGCAAGUUUUAGAAUAAUGACUAGAGAUGCACCGAUGUAAGGUUUAGUCUCCAGACUCCAGUUUUUGUACAGGCUUUGACCCGUCGAUACAAAUUUUAGAUUUCAAUUCCCUCUAAUAAUUUUAAUUAAGAAACAUGAAAGAUAUGUCUAUACUUAUUGCUCUAAGCUUUCUUUAGAGUUGUACUAAUUUAAAUCAAAGUCAAACUGAUUUGACAUUGGCAUUUUAUUCGGUUUUUUGCAUAUUAUAUUAAUGAUAGCAAGUCUCUUUGUGUAUUUCCUUGAAAAUGGAGACCAUUACCUUAACUCUGCGAUUUUCUAACUUUUUUUAAAGCCAUCACAUUAUCAUCAUGUCAUCAGAGCAACAUGGUUGCAGUUGCAUACAUUCUAUGUUCUGUGAUAAAAGCAAAGACUGAAGUCAAAUCACCAGUCCAGACUGGUCAAACUGAAAAUUGUCAAAUUCUAGUAAUCAUCCAGCUUCUUAGUGCAUCUAUCAUAAUAAAUACCUGUUUAUGAGCAUUUAAUCAGUUGUAAAUACCAAACUGAACUUAGCAGAGGGCCAAGGCUGUCCUGUUUUUUUUUUUUAAUAUAUAUAUCUAAUCCUUGAAGAAAACAAGUACAAAAAGUCUACAAAUCAGGGAGCCCUUGAUUUAUGUGGAAGCGAAUUUAGCAAGAAUGUUUUUUUUUUUUGGCCAAAUGGAGUCUUACUUAGUUAGAAUAAACAUAUUGAAGUCAGACAGAGGCCACAAAAAUAAGGGCAGGGAUAAAAAAAAAUGUAGGUGUGCUACAGAUGGUGGAAGUACUUGUAAUCUGUAAUAAAAACGGUUGACUUUAGAGCCCAUUUUGUUACCUGAUUCAUUUUUUAAUAAGAAAUACAGGGCAAAGAAAAAAAAGUAACUUUCUAAUAUUAAAAAUUAAAUGCUGUCCACCUCUUUAAAAUGUAGUUUUUUCAAAUUGUACAUUUCCAAAGUGAAAGAGAAAGAAAGCACUUACGAUUGGCGCAUUUAGAUAGAUAGACAAUCUUUUAAUGAGAGAAAAAUUCAAACAAAAAAAAAAAUGUUGGCUGCCACUCGGAUCUUUUCAGAGCGGCAUUGUCUGUAUACGUCCAAUGUUAGUAAAUUUUGUAAAUUUCCUCAGUUGACUCAAUCAGUUUUCAACUUGUAUAUGAAAAAAAAACUAUACCUUUUUAUUUUUCUUUUCUUUCAAAUGAUACAUUAAUUCUGAGGAAAAAGUUAGCUAAACUAUUUAUUCCUAUUGUCCUAAAUCUCAAAGUAGCCACAUAUGGCUUUAAAGUCUGUAGAAAUUUCUGACUACCUUCCCCCCCUCAUCUUUUGACCUUCGAUUUAGACAUGAAAUGGUAAAAACAAACCCUUUCUUUGUGUGAUUUUUUUUUUUUUCUUUUUUCUUUUUCACUUUUGCAGAGAUAUAGUUCUGUCAGUGGGUGUAAAUUUAUAGAGACAUGUAUGCUGUACAUUGGCCUCCUUCGUCUCUCAAAUUCUGCUGCACGUUUUUUAUUCGUCAACCUGAUCAGAUCUCACAGAGGACGUGUUCUUUGUAUUUGAGUCGACGGCGUCAAACCUCUCGUCUCCGUGAAAACAUUUGUGUUGUUUUCUAGCAACGGCAGGUCAGAUGUGCUACAAGAAAAAGAAAAGAGACCUGUAAUAAUUUUUUGAUGAGAGCUAAGGAAAACAUUAAGGACACUUUGUCACCAUCACAGUUCAAGCCUUCAUGAUGCUCCGUUUAAGUUUUUUAUAUAUCAGUGUGUUCCAGAUAAGCUAGGUCAGCAGGCCUCUUCCAGUCACCAAAUUCACCAAGUGCCAAUAAAAGUUAAAACAUAAAGGAAAAGGGUAUUAUGACCUUUAAAGAAAUUGCACUACGCUGUACUGCGCAUAGACAUGUUUUUUUAUACAUGAACGUUUUGUAUUUACAGAUUUUUAAGCGAAAAGGUAGUUUUUUUUUUGGGGGGGGGGGUUCCCCUGUUUACCCUCCCCCCCCUCCCCAUGGGUCUGGACGGAUCCAUUCGCAGGCUGACAGUGGGGAAAUAAAGGGGGCCGAGCACCCCUCCCAGGGGGUUUCCCCGUUAAUGGCAAGUGAUCUUGACAGCCACAGUCUCGUGCUCGGUGUCAGAUGUUGUACCUAACACUGUAGUGCUGACAGUUGGAGUUGCGUGGUACUGGACGUACAGUGUGGUACUCGGCGGUCAUCGAUCUCUUUGCCUUGAUCCUGGGAUGAGCACCACGGGCUGGAAGCGGUUCCAGCCUUAUUGCAGUGAUGGGGAAACACCAGUUUCAGUACAUUGCUACACGUUAUCAUCUCGAUAACAGAAGAUGCUUUAAAGUGUUCAUUGCCUGGAGGUUUUUUUUUUUGUUUUGUUUUUUUUCCCUUCACAUUGUUCACAUGCUUUUUAAACACACUGCUGCAAAUUUGCUCUUCCUUUCAUUUAUAAAAAAAAAAAAAAGCUCCUGCUUCUUGACAUUUUACUAAGAUAAUGUAUUUCAUGUAUGUACAUACAAUUGUUAGUGCUGGAUACCACUUUUUUUGUUCAGUACAUUUGGCUUGGUUGUCAAUAAGAGUAUGAAAAGCCACCCAUUAGGUCUCUCCAUCCCGUAUGUAAACACCAGCAGGUCCAUGUACCGAGAGCUUCAGUUGGCAGACAAUGGGACACAUUUAGAGGAAACAGGGCUUUUCUCCCCACUGUUCCACUUAGUGGCAGUUUUUGUUGUGAGCAAUGUGGCUAACUGCCCAGGGCACCACAGCUUAGGGCCAGCCUGAAGAUUUUAUUUCAUUUUUUUCAUUUGUGCACCAAACAAGUUUUUAGUUGCCUUCAGAGUUAGAAAUAUGGCUGAACACUGAGGCAGGCUGAAGUUGCUCUUUGAUUUAUAACAUCUACUGUGGUGCAGUUGAAAAAGGGCUAUUUCACAGGGGGCUUUUUGUUUUUUAGAAAUUGGAACUACAUUUGAUUAUCACUUGUUUAAUACCCAAGAUCCUUAGACUGGACUGAAUCAUGCUAUACUGCACAGAGAUUCUUAAAAAAUAAAUGUUGAGAUCUAUGAAACUUUUAUUUGUUAAAACGCACAAGAGAACUCUUCUUGCUCUUUUGGCAUUAGGACCACCUAAGGCUAUUGCUGGGUGCCAUUUAAGCAAAAACUGCCACUGGAUCCUCCCAUGUUGAAAUUGCCCCCAUUAGCUCUGCGUUUCACAAUGGAGCUUGGAACUCUAUUUUCAAUAACGAUUUUUUUAUCCUCAAAGAUCACUCGCUCUUAAACUAGAGAUGCACCCAUCAAAUAACCAGAGAUAAUAAUGUACCAAUUUUCACUUGAUUGGCUAUGAUGCAUCUAUUUUAUUCCACAUUUUUGAAAUGUUUUAAGCAUUUGAACAUCGGUAUUGUCCAGGAAAUAACUGAUCGGCGCACCUCUAGUUUAAAUCGAAGUUUACUUUCAACAACGCAUUCUCCCUAGAAACCAGUGGAUGGAGAUUGACACUAACUGCUGACGGGUGUGCGGGAAACAGCAAAGUUCACACACAACAUGCGGUGACAGUAUAACAUUUGCAGUUUCAGGGCCUUGUUGUACAUAAAGCAAAAGAUAGAGUUCUGUGAGGCUUUGUCACACGUUAUUUUGUUGUAUCUUUGUUAUACAAAAAGGAAACUUUUUUUUUUUACAUUACUGUUGCUCAGAAUAUGUUGUUUUUUUCACUUUUAAAGGCAAUUGCAAACCCAUAGUGAACUGAUUCAAUGUAUAUUGUAGCUUAGUGGCAAAGGGGAGAAAAAAAUGACAACCUGUUGAAUGUACAACUUAUAAAAAUUCAUUUUGUUGUUUUCGUGUAGUUGCUGGCUAGCUUAGCCAUUUUGAGAAAUUGUUGUGCGUCCUUAUUUUGUUUUGUUUCUUAACGCCUACAAACAUCUGUCGCCACACUGAUGAAUCAUAUGGAAUAACACAACCAUGCAGUAUUGCUUUACUAUCUUUGUGCAAUGACUAUUUACAGCGGAACAAAAAUUUUCAUGCCUUUAGGUGACAUUUAUGAUCCACUUAUCAUUUUGACCUUCAAUAUUCGGCCGACUCGGUCAUUUCGUGUCAGUUUGUGUACUUUUUUUUUGUUGUCAUGAAUGUUUGUGGUUGUGACAUGAAGUUGUCCUCAAGUCAGGAUCGCUUUCAACCUUUUUGGUCACAAUGGAAAUUGUUACCUUUUGGGGCAUCUUUAUCCUGCCCUGCGCAUUCCAACAGACAGCAUGCUGUUCGUGUCUUUCCCCGCUUCUCCUUUCACCGCAGCAAUUCCUUUUUGUGUGCUAUUCAGCUCCACUGUGGUUCCACCCAAGCCUUUAGCCAGUACAUUAAGCUAAACUAAACCCUUGAAAUGUGCAUCAAAAAAAAAAAAAAAAGCCUUUUUGUUCUCUUACCAAAUACGUCAAAAUUGGUGUGCUGCUUUCCUGAAUGUCAGUUUUCAUUUUGUUCACUAAAGAGCAGCAGCAAAAAACAAUAUAUAUAUUUGUUCAAAAUCACAUGUAUUUCAUUGCAAUGGCAGCUCCACACCUCCCUCUCCUGUGCUUAUAUUGUCUAUCCAGGCGUUUGUCAAACCCCAUCCUCUGAUUACUUUUUUUUUUUUCAGUGCUGUUGUGUUUUUACUGAGCCUUACGCCUUUAUUUUUCUCCCAUCGAUUGUCUGAUCAAGUUUGACGACGUUGUGCAUGUCUAGCAUUGCUCAUUCUUUUCAUAUUUUUUAUUUUUGUGUGUAUGUUAGGAGAUACAACACUGAAGGGUUUUGUGUUAGAUUUCCCCUCUCAGUAUCCAGGAACUCAAGGCUGAUGGUGGAAGCAAACGUACUAGGAGCGGCCCGACUACGCUCAGUGCUGGAAGAGUUUUUUUGGCGGAAACGUGACAUCAGCCUUUGGGUCUUCACUGGAGGCCAAGAUUUCUCCUGUUUUUGGGUGGGCUCUGCUUCUGGUCUUCAUCAGCAGGCCCACACACACACACACACACACACACAUGGAGAAAGCACUUUCUGAGCAGUGGUGCACUCAAGGAGUACUUGUAUGAAUGUCAAGCCUUUCACUAGUGCUUGAAAAGAUGGAUGAACAUGUAUGAUGCUUAUAAUGUGAUCUGUGUGAUGUAAUGUGACGGUAAAGAAAAAUAAACCUGAAUGGAAGACGUCUGGCAUCAGAUUUUUAAAAAAAAUUUUGACAUCCUAGGUAAAGAUGUAUGAAAAUCUCUUAAUAGUGCUUACCAUAGAAAUACUUAACCAAAUUCAUGUUGCAAGUAAAAAAAAAUGCAACCAAAAGUAACAAACGUACAUAAAUUGUAUGUUUGUGUGUUUUGGAUCUAAAGUACAUUUGAGAGCCCUCGUCUUUGCUCUGUUAAACUUUUAUGUUUAGAUGUCUAACACACAAUCAACAUUCCCUUACAAUGCUUUUUUUCAAGCUUAUAAAGAUGUAUUAAAAAAACUUCAAAAAUUUGAUUGAAAAAAAAUAUUAAACGUUUGCUAUAAUGUGACAUCUUGUAAUAGUGCGAUUUUGUGUUUACAUGUGAGAAAUGUUAUGAAAUAAGAUGUAAAUUGCAAUAUAGAUGUUGGAACAACCCAUAUUUAUUGUAUAUACUUCUUUAAAAAACUUUUUGACAGUCGUUCGACAAGAAGGUGAAUUGUGAGAGAGGGUCAAGACACGCAGUCAUCAGGUCGGGACUCAAGUUGGUGAUGGCCACUUCGAUGGGUCCAUGGUCAUGCUUUACCCUAUUUAAAAACCACAGAUAUGGUGGUCUGCCAGAAAAUUGAAAAGGGUUUGCCUGCAGUAUUUGUUUCAGCAGGAUGAUACAAAACUUAUAAGCAAAUUUAUACAAAAAUAUUGAUGAAUUAGAGAAAUGGACAGAGAUGACUUGGUCCUGAAACCUUGUGUUGAAGCAAAAGGUUCAAUAGAAGUGCUGCCAGUGGACAAAAACAAGGUUUUGAAAUUCUAAUAUCAGGGUCACUUUUUGAAAGGAAAUAGAAAUUAAAGUAGUUUGUUUUUCACAAGUUUUUCGGGAGUGUAACUUGUCUGGAUCUUUGGUGAUUUAGACGAGAACAUUUGACAAAAAUGAUCCCAACGGAUUUUUUUUCUUCCUUUUUCUAAAUUGUCUAUUGCGCCCCCCAGUGGACAAAAGGAAGCAAACAAAAAAAAAAGCACAGUAGACACUGCUCAUGUCUUUACAGCAGCAAUUUCAAAAUUUAUUGAGACUGAUUGGAUUUUGCAAAUAAUAGUCAAGCUAAUUCUUCCACUAAACAUGAAGUUAGAAAGAGGCUUGGACAACUCGCGGGCUCGACCCAACAUCGAAACAGAAGGCUUAUGGUUGACCGUAAAAAUGUUCUGUGAUCAGUACUAUCAACCAAAAAAACAAACAAAAAAUAAAAA